UGGAGCAGUGCGACGUAUAUUAUCUUAUACAGUAAAUAUAAAUAAUUUCAAGAAAUUGCUAAAUAUUGAGUCGGUUGAAACACUGACAUGAUUUCGGGACAACUUACAAGAUUUCGCGUGUGUGCUGAGAGGUAGCUGUGUGUUCCGAGCGUUGUGGACAGGUGAUAGUUUCAAGUGCGCCGGGGCCCGGGUGCUGCAGGCCUCCGCCAUGUGGAGCCCCGCGCGACUGGCGGGCGCGCUCCUGCUGCACGUCAAUCUCUUACUCAUGGUGUGGUGCGGGGCGGGGCUGGCGACCGCGGCGCGGCUCAAGUGGGACCCCUCCACGUACGUGGUGAUCCGCGAGCUGGCGCCGCUCGAGUACCGCGUGUCGACGUCGGCGCUGUGCGCAGCCUCCGUCGCCCUGCUGCUCCUCACGCACCUCGGCACCGCCGGCGUCUACGUGCGCAACACCCGCGCCGGCCCCCACAUACUGUACGCGUUCGCUGGUCUGAUGUCCCUGCUGAUGGUGUUGGAGGUGGGGCUGGUGUUCUGGGGGGUGCGGCGGCUGCUGGAUUGGCUCGACUCCCCCGAGGCGGCGGUCGUGUACGAAGCGCUCGACCUGCGCGACGAGAUCCGCACCAUCAUGAAGUUCAUCAACCGGCUCUAUCCGCUCCCCUCCAAGAUUGAUGAUCUACUACAAGAGAUGGAGGAGGACCUGCCGCGGAACGUGUACGUGGCGGUGGUGGGGGUGGUGCUGGUGGCCGUCUCGCAGCCGCUGGCGGUGGUGCUGGCGUGCCUGACGGCGCGCGGGCCCGGCCCCGGCCCCGACCCCGACCCCGGCCCCGCGUACUACCACAGUCACCACGACAACAUUGACUACAGACCCAUGACUGACGACCCGGAUAUAUCGCAUCCUUGUCCCAGAUACAUCAAUAACAUGGACCCCAAGAGGCCGCUGAUCAGGCCUGUGUACGAGCAACGCCACGGCCGGGUGGAGCCGGUGUGACAUUGUCACACUGACA